AUGUCUUCUUCUUCUUCUACCCGGGUCUCUCAGCUGGGCGCCGCCGGCUUGUUGGCGGCGCUUCUGGCGGCCGUCUGCCUCCUCCACGCCGGCGGGGCAGCGGCGGCGGAGCUGUGCGUGGACUACUACGACUGCACGUGCCCGGACGCGUACAAGAUCGUGCAGGGAGUGCUGAUGGAGGCGCACCAGUCGGACCCUCGCAUCUUCGCCAGCCUGAUCCGCCUCCACUUCCACGACUGCUUCGUGCAGGGCUGCGACGGCUCGCUGCUGCUGGACACCUUCGACGGGAUGGAGUCGGAGAAGGACGCGCGGCCCAACAACGGGUCGGCGCGCGGCUUCGAGGUCGUCGACGCCGCCAAGGCCGCCCUCGAGGACGCCUGCCCCGGCGUCGUCUCCUGCGCCGACAUCCUCGCCAUCGCCGCCGAGAUCUCCGUCGAGCUGUCAGGAGGACCCGGGUGGAACGUGUUGCUGGGGAGGCUGGACAGCUUCACGUCCAGCAAAGCCGACGCCGAGAACCUACCAGGCCCCUUCGACGGCCUCGACGUGCUCAGAGCCAAGUUCCGGAACGCCACGCUCGAUGACACUACCGACCUCGUCGCCCUCUCAGGUGGCCACACUUUCGGCCGCGUGCAGUGUCAGUUCGUCACGGGCCGGCUGUACAACUUCAGCGGGACGAACCAGCCCGACCCGACCCUCGACGCGACAUACCGAGCCUUCCUGUCACAGAGAUGCCCGAGGAACGGCGACGGAACGUCCCUGAACGACCUCGACCCGACCACGCCCGACAACUUCGACAAGAACUACUUCACCAACCUCGAGGUGAACCGCGGCUUCCUUCAGUCCGACCAGGAGCUCAAGUCGGACCCCGGCGCGGCGGGGACGACGGCGCCGAUCGUCGAUCGGUUCGCAGGCAGCCAGGAGGCCUUCUUCAGUAGCUUCGUCACUUCUAUGAUCAAGAUGGGGAACAUUAGGCCCAUAACCGAUCCCUCCCAGGGAGAAGUCCGGAACCGCUGCGCGUUUGUCAAUUCAAAUUAG